AUGCAACAGUCUGCUGCUUAUCUUCUGUUUCAAAAUAGAUAUUCGAUUAAGAGCCAAUUUUUACUAUCAAAUCAAGAAUUUCAAACAUUUGAAUCUCUACCAAUUAGAAAAUUCGUAUCAUUUCAUAAAAAUCAUAUUAUUUAUAUUUAUAAUCCUACAGAUCAAAGACGACUUGAAAUUAUCAAAAUUCUUCUUCAUAAGUAUCAAGUACAUGUAACUAGUAAUAACCAAACAAUUACCGACUGUCAAAUCGAUCCAAAAUGGUCUCAUAGACGAUCCAAUAUCAUAAAUGAAAAUCAAUUCGAACUUCUGAUUCUAAUUGAUAUUGAACCAUAUUCUCUAAAAGAAUAUACUAUUCAUGCCGAUACAACUAAAAGAUCAUGUCCACUAAGCACAAUUCAAUAUGUCGAUGAAAAACAAAUACACACAAAUUUAUCUACACCUUUCAAAAUUGAACUGAUCGAUACAAAAACAUUUGAAAUAGAUAAUCGUGUUUUUUCAGUUUUAUUCUCGAAAAAUGGUGCUAUACUCAAUGUUCAGCAUAAAAAAUUCGAUGAAAAACUACAUUUUCAUACAGAUCUUAUUAGUUAUGGAACAUUGAGCCAAUCGGACCAUCAUAGCGGUGCAUAUAUAUUUAUACCAGACGGCGAAGCACGAUUUAUUCCGAUAGGUGAUUAUGAUUUUAUACGUAUUCAACAAGGUCCAUUAGUAAGUCGGGUUCUUAUUAAUCAUAAGCUAUAUGGUUUACAGUAUAAAUUAACUAAUACCAGCGGUUCAAAUGAUGAUCUUAUUCAUGUUAGUACAAUAACUCAUUUAGAUACGAAUAAAGAUACAGAAUUAGCUCUACGAUUGUCUACUGGCAUUAAAAAUGAAAGAGAAAUUUUUACGGACUUAAAUGGUUUUCAAAUGAUACGAAGAAAAACCUAUGAUAAAUUACCUUUGCAAGGUAACGUUUAUCCAAUGCCUACGAUGGCAUAUAUUGAAGAUGAUUACAUGAGAUUAAAUAUUAUGGCCGGUCAACCAUCUGGUGUAGCAUGUUUAAAAACAGGUGUGGUUGAUGUUUUUCUUGAUCGACGUCUUACUCGUGAUGAUGGCCGUGGCUUAGGUCAAGGUAUUCUGGACAAUCGUGAAGUUAUCAGUACUUUCAAAAUUCUAUUUGAAUCACGCCAUAAAAUUGCUGAUCGAAGUGCACAAACAGGUUAUCCAACCCUUCUAGCUCAUCAGCUGUCAAUUGAAUUUCUUUAUCCGCUGCAUAUAUUUAAUUCGCUGGCAUCAAAAAUAUUUUUCAACGAAUUAAAAUUAUUUCCAAAACCAUCACUAUUCCCUAGUGAUUAUCAUCUAGUUAACUUACGCACAUUAAGUAAUAAUAAUUAUAAUACUGUACAGCAUCGUCCAUCGAAAAGUAUCGCAUUGAUUUUAAGACGAUUUGCUUAUGAUUGCGAUGAGAAUUAUGAUAAAUUAUUUCAUUUUGAACAGCCCAUAUUCGAAUAUUUCUUCCAAGUAAAUCAAAUAGAAUCAAUCGAACAGACAUCCUUAUCGCUGCGCUAUCGAAAACAAAAAUUAAAUAGUACAGCUAAACUUGAUGUUCCGUUCGCCGAAAUUGUUACUUAUAAACUACGUUUAAUCGAAUGA